CCAAAAAAGCACAAUGGUUCUCGCACGCCCUCAGAUCCUCCGCGCCUCCGCCCGAGCCCUCGGCACCGUGCGACGACAAGUGCCCACCCAGCAAUUCGCCCGUCGAACAUACGCCCAAGCCACCGAAUCAACCAACAAGUCCUCCGACCUCCCCUGGCUCAUCGGCUCCCUCGGCCUCGGCAUCCCCGGCGCCUACUACCUCCUCGCGACGGGCCCCAAAGCCGCGGCCUCGUCGCACGACACGCCCGACACGCACCACCACGGCGAGCCCAAGGGCAAGACCUCGACCUCCGCCCCACUCGAGAAGGAAGAAUCCGCCGCCGCCAAGGACUCCGCCCCGCAGCCGGACCGGGACGCCGAACAGAAGACUGAUUCGGGGGCCGCGACCGCCUCGACGGAUGGGAAGGCGCCGUCGGAGGCUGAUGAGCCCUCAACCCGCAAGGAACCUGGCAAUUCGGCAACCAUCUCCGGCAAGCAGGAGGGUCUUUCCAAUGCCACGACGGAUCAUCCGCAUGUGAACGAGCCUGGGAAGAGUGUCAAGGGGGAGGGCGAGACGGAGACGGCUAAGGUGAAGGGGGCGGUGUCGCCGGAUCGUCCGCAGCAGUAGAUCGGUCGAAAGAUUCUCGUUGCUUCAGGAGGAAGACGGGGGUUUUUCUGUAUGAUGCAAAUGUUCUUUUCAUGUAUAAGAUCAUGAAGUCUUCCUGAAGAGUUGUGCCGUUGUUGAAAUAGCAACGUACUGAUAUAGUUUCGUAUGCUGUCUGAUUCCUGCAUAGCAUAAAACAUUGUGAGCCUAGGUCUGGAAAAGGUUGGGACGUAAACCAGCGAAUGCUACAGCCAAUUGGCAUGUGAUUAUGCACGGGAGUAAUGUCAAGCCUGCAGUGGAGGAAAUCGAAAGUGAAUCGCACC